AUGACAGCAGAAGAAUCGCUACUCCGAGCCGACAGAAUACUCAACCUGACCGUGUCUCCACUGAUGAUGCUGCUCAGCUUAAUCGGCAACAUCUUGGCGUUCCUGAUCUUCUGGCGGAGCUCCUUCAGCACCAUGCCCAUGUCUGUUUACUUGAGGUUUCUGGCCAUCAUGGAUGCUGGCACUGUGGUGACCGGUCUACUGCCCCGGUUUCUCUUGGCUGUCACAGACUAUGACAUCCGUGGUAGAAACGAAGUCAGCUGCCAGUUCCAAGUCUAUGCAGUCUACGUCUUCACUGAACUAAGCGCCUGGACACUGGUCAUCGUCACAUCAGAGAGGGUCAUGUCUAUCAUCAGACCCCACCGGGUCAAAAUUCUUUGCACGAAGAUCAAAUCUUACGUCAUUCUUUCUGUGGUUUCAGUGAUAAUCAUGCUAGCCAACUCUCCCAUUUUUGUAUUCUUCGGAAAACAAGCAGUUACAGAAAGCACAGCUGAACUUUACCGAGAACAACACAGCGAUGUCUUGAGCACAAACAGUUCCAGUUUAGAAACAACAAAUACAUCCGGGUCUAUUUUCCGACCUUGCGGGUUCAGAGACACCAUAUCACAAUCAGGAAAAACCUGGUUCUUAACACAUUUUGUCAAACAAAGCCUGCUACCUUUCAUCCUUAUCCUCACACUCAACAGCAUCAUCAUCCUUGCCUUAAUCAGACGACGAUCAGCUCUUUUGAAGAGCUGUGCCAAAGAAUUUAAUUCCCCUUUAGCAAAUAAAGACAUAGCUAAACGGCCAACCGAAGGAGUCUAUGCCCCGAUGAUGUCUAGAAAGGACGCUUCCUUGUCAGUAACGCUCGUUGCUAUCAACAUCGUCUUCCUAAUGUGCAACUUCCCCAUAGGAAUCUACCAGCAGAUCGUCUUCAACCUUCCAGAUCGAUACGAGAAUUCGGACCAAAGUUUAGUGUAUUCUGUUUUGGUUUUCUGCCUUUAUUUGAACAAUACCCUCAACUUUAUUUUGUAUUCGACUACUGGAUCCAGAUUCCGAAAAGAACUCCGCAAUAUGUUCUUAUGUUCCUCUUGA